UUUGAAACCAUCAUGGCGAACAUCAUACGUUCCGCGAAAUCUGGGAGCAACUGGACGAUAAACGAGCUACUCGCUUACAACAUCAAUGUUCUAGACGAAGACGUGGCCACUUUUCUCGGCCACCCCAACUCGCCUGCACCCACGGUAGAUCCUAUCAUUCUUGGCAAUCCCGACACACCUCUUGGACCAAUAAUGAGAUCCGCUCGACUCUUCUUCUGUUACUUAAAAGAUGUUACGGAGCGAUUUCCCCCAGGUGCACCAACGGAAUCUGCUGUCCAUGAUUUCGCUUCGUAUCUCCUUAGUUUGUUGCGCUAUGAUGAACCUGAUCGUGUCAUACAUCAACAGGUGGAGAUAGGCUUCAUAAUGUGUGGCAUGCGUGUUGAUGCUCAGCCGGACAUCUGUGUUCUGGAUAACGAUGGAAAGCAAUCACAACUCUCAACGGUUUUCAAGUAUCACAUGUCUGCCUACGAUCCAGAGCCCCAGCUCAUCGCAGGGGCAAUUGCGGCGUUUUAUGAGAAUAACAGGCAUCGCAGGCUGGUAGGACUCCCGGCCAUGGAGGCCAAAGUAUUCACAGCGAUCACUUUGAUGGGAACUACUCCGACCUUCUACAAGUUUCCCAUCACGGCUGACCUCCUCCAAUCUAUUAUGACUGCCCAGUUUCCCUCCCAGCAAACCGUUGUUCACAAGCUAAUCCCUCCAGUUCCGGAUAUCGCCAAGUUUUUGGCAAACGGAAUGCGACCUUUGGAGAAUCGGCGCAUCAUUCUGCAGUGUUUUGAAGCCUUUAAGCAAUUCGUUUAG